AGCCAAACCCCACUGCAAAAUGCAUCGUCCUUCAACGACAGCAAUUUCCCUUUUGCUUGCCCUGCUGGUUGUGGCGGUGGAGCUGAUGGCCGACACCGAAACAGCAUGCGGCGGUGCAAACGAGCAGUUCAACCAGUGUGGAACGGCUUGCGAGAGAACGUGUGAAAAUUUUAACCAAACGGCUCUAGCGUGCACCCAUAACUGCGUUCGAGGAUGUUUCUGCGUGCAGGGAUUUGUGCGGGAUGUGGACCGAAAUUGUGUGACGCCGGAUGAUUGUUGAAUUUACUAACAAUUGUUAAAUAUAUGUUUGAAAAUAUUUGUCA